AUGGAUAGCGCGUCUCUUGUGCAGUUUGCAUCGGCGCUGCACAAACAUCAAGACAGUAUUGCAGGCAGCAACACCUUUGUGAUGUACACCGUACCUGCCGAUGCUUUCUUGCAAAUGACAGAAGUCAAGAUGCACGAGGAGCUCGCAGACGCCGGUGUGCUCACAGAGUUUGAUGAGAGCCUGGGAAAGGCAAUGUUCGUGUCGCACCAGUGGCUGAGUGCCACCCAUCCUGAUCCAGACUUCCAGCAGCUGAAAGUUCUGCAGGAUACGCUGAGGAAUAUCGUUGCCGGAACCAGCUCAAUUUCUCAAGCUCUGUUCUCUGAAAUUGUGUAUGGUCGAAGAAGAGGCCCUGCACCCGGCGACUUCGCAUCCGGCCAUCUCCACAUUUGGUAUGACUACUUCAGCAUCCCACAAAGCCACGGUGGCCGCGCAUCUCGGGGCCGUCAGACAGCCAUUCAAUCCAUCCCAACAUACGUGGCAAGGUGCGAGUUCUUUGUAGUGUUAUGCCCGGCUUUGAAGCACAAAGAUCAGAAGCGGACUUUGAGCCAUGCCUCUUGGGGCGAGAGGGGGUGGUGUCGCACAGAGAGAGCUGCACGCGAACUUUCCACUCGCAAAGGUGGCUACGUCAUUGUUGUAGAGAGUGCCACGCACCAGUCGCUGCUGUGGGGAGGACUAAGCAUGAGGGAUGCACCUGGUGAAGGAGAGUUUACGCUUGAUGGUGACCGAGUGUGGAUCGGUCGUAUGGUUACCCAGAUGGUUUGGUCGAAGCUUUUCUAUUACCUCGAGCACCGACAGUUUCACAACUACCGAUUCCUUCUGAACGCACACGCAGCGCUGUAUUUCCGUGCUCUUGAUCUGGAGCCCAUUGACGGCCUUGUUCCGGGGUUCCACACUGAGAUCGACCCCAGUGUUGACUGCAAGGGCUUCAUGCUGGAACGUUUCCUGCAUCACAACGGCCUCAGGAACAUCUUCGAGCGGGACGCUGCAGGGUGGCCGCCCAUUUGCUUUGCAGCGAUGAGCAACAAUGUCGUGGUGCUGCAAGCGCUUCUUGACCGAAAGGUGGAUAUCAACCAGGCUACCACCAAGCCCGCAACAGAACUCACUCUUCCUGCCAAGCUGACGGCUCUGGGAAUAGCUUCCAUACUUCGCAACAAGGAAGCUGUCGAGCUGCUUCUUCGUGCCAGAGCCCAAGUAAACUACAAGGAUGGUUUUGGUGGCAAUGCUCUCCAUACCGCGUGUGGCGGGGACAAUCCACGCGGAGUACGUCUACUCUGCGAUGCUCGUGCCAACGUGAAUCAGCAGUCA